UCCGGACUCAAAGUAAGUUGCUUAAUAGCAUGCAGGGCUGCUGCGCUAUGAACGUGAUUUUGUUUUGGAGGGAUCACAGGUGGAGAAGCAGGACUUGCUCACCCACCACUACACUUAUACUUUGUUUUCAACUGUAAAAAGGUUAAACACACCCUCGUUACCAGUCACAUGCUGGGUGGGAUUAUUGCACUACAAGCGACAAGUAAACAGGCUGCUUUCAUUAUAUACAAGACUUCCUGGGUGAAUAAGAAUUCUGUCUGCAACAAUGGACCUUGGAAUUACUUGGUCCCUAAUCCUAAUGAGUAUUGUCAGUUUCCUCAUUUAUUCCUUCACAUGGCGGAGAAGACUAAGGGAAAAAAACAUGCCUCCAGCACCACCCCUUCUACCACUGCUGGGUAAUAUGCUGCAGAUAAGUGCCAAGGAAUUCCCACAAUCUCUAAUAAAGUUGAGUGAGAAGCUUGGGCCAGUCUUCACCGUCUAUUUGCCCAAUAACCCUGCUGUGGUAUUGGCUGGUUAUGAUUGUAUAAAAGAGGCACUGCUGGACAACAAUGAGUGUUUUGGAGCGAGAGGGAAGUCUCCACUUGGGUAUCUAUUAUUUAAAGAUUAUGGAGUGUUAUCCAGCAACGGGACACGGUGGAAGCAACUGCGACGCUUUUCACUCAGUUGCCUAAGGGACUUGGGGAUGGGAAAAAGGAGCAUCGAAGAACGCAUACAGGAGGAGGCAAAGUACCUUGCUGAAGAACUCAGACAGCAUGCUGAUACUCCAAUUGACCCCACAUACCUGCUAACCUUGGCUGUGUCAAAUGUCAUCUGUUCAGUAGUGUUUGGAGAACGCUUUGACUAUAAAGAUGAGAAGUUUAUGACUUUGAUUUCUUUGCUGAAAAAAGUCACUUCUGAUUUGUCCUCUGCAUGGGGUAUUCUUCUCAGUCUAUUUCCUAAAACCUUGUCCCGAGUGCCAGGCCCCCCACAGAGGAUUUUUAGAAACUUUGACAAACUGAAGGCAUUUGUGGCAGAAUCUGUGAAAAUCCACCAAGAAACACUUAAUAGUGACUGCCCACGGGACUUCAUUGAUUCUUUCCUGAUAAAGAUGGAAAAGGAAAAGAACAAUCCACAAACCGAGUUUCAUCUUGACAACCUACUUGGGACUGUACUUGACCUUUUUAUUGCUGGGACUGAAACCACAAGUGUAACUCUGAAAUACAGUUUUCUCAUGUUGCUAAAGUACACAGAGUUUACAAGAAAGACAAUGGAGGAGAUAGAUAAUAUUAUUGGACAGGAUCGGUGUCCUUUCUAUGAAGAUCGUAUGAAGAUGCCUUACACAAAUGCUGUUUUCCAUGAGAUUCAGCGAGUGGCAGAUAUCGUACCAUUUGGAGUACCCCAUGGAACCACCCACGAUACAAUAUUUCGAGGAUACAACAUCCCCAAGGAUACUCUAAUAUUUCCAUUAAUGACAUCAGUGCUAAAGGACCCCAAAUAUUUUAGAGACCCAAAACAGUUUGACCCCGCACACUUUUUAGAUGAUAAUGGACGUUUCAAGAAGAAUGAUGCCUUUCUGCCAUUUUCUAUUGGAAAGAGGAGUUGCCUUGGAGAAGGCUUGGCACGUAUGGAAAUAUUUAUCUUCCUUACAACUAUUCUGCAAGCGUUUAACCUGAAGUCAGACACUGCCAAUCAAGACAUAGACAUAACUCCUGAACCAAAUAAAAACGGGACUCUACCGAGAGCAUAUAAAAUGUAUUUUGUUCCAAAAUAAAGGAAGUCUUUGCGUAAAUAGCCAAACAACUCAAAAACUGGAAAAUUGCCAACUAGGCCUGACCACCAACAUCACUGGGUUUCCUUCUCCUUUAAGUAUCUGCUCUUGUUGCUGAUUGGAAACAGAUCCCUUAAACAUGUUAAGAAUAAAAGAUACUCACAAUUAGGUAAAGAAAAUCUCACUACCCCCUCAUAAAAACUCAACCCGACCCCAGGCAGCAUUAUGGAAUUAUUAGGAAACUCAUUAUAGAACUGCUGUCUGAAAUUCAUAGCAAAUUCUGAUUAUACACAUAUAUGAAUCUGAAUUCCUGACAGUGUCCAGCUGUUUACAAAUGGUACCAUUUAUUACUACACAAGACAAUGGUAAAGUAAACUAUAUAGUCACCUUCCAACACAUUUUUUCAGUUCAUUUAGUUCACCAGAAAUAAAAGCUUUUUUUCAAUUUCUUCCUAUUUUCUAUUUGUGACAGUGUUUUUCUAAUAUUAAAGUUUUAUUUUUCAUUAUGUGUUUCUGAAGCAGGUCUGGGAGGUGGGUGAUGACUCUGUAUGUAACUUCUCUAAAUUGAUACAUGAGUUGAUCAUGACAUUUAUUAUCUUUAACCCCUGUGUUUCAUUAAAGUCAGCUGUUAAAAAAUGGUAAAAAUGAAAAGAUGGAAAGCAAUUUUUAAAAGUCUACUUUUCUGGUGAGCGAUCUGAAAACAACUGAAGCAAAAAAAGGUGUUUGGAAGGUGAAGAGCACAGAAAGUAUGCUUAGUUAUCCCCUCCAAAACUCAACACUGUAUAUUAAUGAAGAUUAAAGUGUCACCUUUUUUGGACAGUUUUUGGAGCUGGUAACAGAAACGCCUGACCUAUGAGCACAAGUGCUUCAGAAAAUUUACCUUGCCUUAUUAUAAAAAUGUAUUUGUGGUUUAGCACAUGAAAUGGGUCUACUUCUAAUCUCGAUUCUGAUUUUAUAGCACGUAUAUUAACAUAUAAUUCAGACUAAUAAAUCCAAACUUUCUAACA